AUGGCUAAAUUUUUUACCACCAUUAUCCUUAUCUUUGUUUCUCUUGUUCUAUUUGCUGAUUUUGAAGCACCGACAAUUGUGAAGGGGGCGCUUUGCAAUAGAGAAAGUGAGACAUGGUCAAGACGUUGUGUAAAAGAUGGUCAGUGCAGGGAUCAUUGCAUUAACAAUGAUAGAGGAGUAGAUGGAAACUGCGCUGGUGGCUACCCGUGGUACAGAGGAUGUUUCUGCUUCUUUGCUUGCUAAUAUAUACCAAAGCUAUUCGUUGCUUGUGUGUUUAUUUUACAUAAAAUAAGUCUGCGAUGGAUCUCCAGCCGGUGGAUCUCUAUAUCAUAACCAGUGGCUUUGACCCAAAAAUGUAUACAAGAAAUAUUUAGUUUUAAUUAAUAUUAAAAACAAAAUUAAUAAGUUA